AUGAUCAUUGAAAAGGUCGUUAAGUUAGUUACCAAUAUACGCAGCUUACAACCACAGAACAUCUCAGCUUUUCUCAGUGGUAGCUGUACUGGUUUCCCUCCACAAAUGGAGCUUCCCAUUUGGAUUUUAACCCAGUUUUUCUCACUAACCUUCUGCCCAGUCCUUCUAUUGUUCUUCAUGUCAUCAGCUUCAGGGUCUGUUUCUGCAGCUAGACUUUGGACUGGAGUUACCUAUGGCUUCAUGAGACAGUACCAAAGAGUUUCUGGUUUGGACCAAAGCAGUAAGAAGUUGAGUGGAACCAUAUCGCCUCACAUAGCCAUCUCAAUAACCAAUCUCUCAACCAAAAUGACAUGGCUAACUGUGGGAGGAAAUAGUAUUGGGGAAGCAUUCCUUGAAGGGAUUUCAAACCUCGCCAACUUAAUUCAACUGUGCAUGCAGGGUAACUUCUUCACAGGCAACAUCCCCACUUCAAUUGGGGAGCUUUCAAAACUGACUGGAUUGUCUCUUGAAAUAAAUAACUUGACUGGGCAGAUCCCACCCUCUAUAGGCAGUCUCUCUCGCUUGAUUGAACUUGUCAGUCUUUCAUCUCUUACUAUUUUCCUGAACUUGUCUGAUGACUCAUUGACUGGUAACCUGCCACCAGAAGUUGGAAGCUUGACAAAUCUUGUAGUACUAGAUAUAUCAAACAAAAAAUUUUCUGGAGAAAUCCCAAGCAUGCUAGGGAGCUGUUUAGCUUUGGAACGACUUAAUAUGCAGGGCAACUUGUUUGAAGGAGUCAUUCCCUACACGACUGAGUUGAAGAAUAUAAUGCGGAAGCUGAAGAAGCCUAUUUUUGCUACUUCUUUUGGGCAUGUUUGCCCAAAAGUUUCAUAUGAAGUGCUUCGCAAUGCAACUGGUGGAUUCUAUUUGAGCAACUUGGUUGGUUCAGGUAGCUUUGGCAGAGUAUAUAAAGGAAUUCUUGGUCCAGAUGAAGCAAAUGUUGCAAUCAAGGUACCGAAGCUUGAACAGAAAGGAGCUUCCAAGAGCUUCAUGGCAGUAUGCGAAGCCCUGAGGAACAUCCGGCAUCGAAACCUAGUUAAGGUUUUAACUGCUUGCUCAAGAACUGACUUUGAGGGUAAUGAGUUCAAAGCAUUAGUGUAUGAGUUCAUGCCAAAUGGGAGCUUAGAGACUUGGCUGCAUCCAGAAGCUGGUCAGGAAAACAAGCGGAAUUUAACCCUUCUUCAAAGAAUAAACAUUGCAAUAGGUGUGGCCUUUGCUUUGCAUUACCUGCAUCAUGAGUGCCAAACACCCAUCGUUCACUGUGACUUAAAGCCUAGCAAUGUUCUUCUAGACGACGAUCUGAAUGCUCAUGUAAGUGAUUUUGGAUUGGAAAGGAUCCUUUCAAACUCUGGUAGAGAUGCUACUUUCAAUAAAUUCAGUUCACUUGGAAUUAAGGGAACCAUCCAGGUAACACUGUCAAAUUACAAUUAUCUUACGAAGAGACCCAUUGAUGAACCAUUCAAAGAUGGCUUGAACCUUCAUGAGUUUGCUAAAAUGGCACUGCAAGGUAGAGUGAGAGAUAUAGUGGACCAAGCAAUUAUUGACAAGGAGACUGAUGAAGUGAACAACAUUGGGAAUUUGAGUAGAUGGAAAAGUGAAGGGUCCGAAAUCUUGAUUUCUAAGGCAUCAUCUGAAUAA